UCCGGUGCUCUGGCUGGGAAUGAGGUCAUCGCAAGAGCGAAGACGAAUACCAAAAUGGGUGCAAACUCAUCAUUUUCCACACCCUCCAAUGGUGCUAGCCGCGGUGUUGGAGGUACUGCUUCAGCAGCACGAAAGACAGGAUCGGGAGGCAGUGUUUCUUCGACAUCAAAAGCUAUCCCACUUCAGAGUCUUCCUACUCCUCAACCGCUCAUGUUGGCAAAGGUGACGAAUCCAAACUUAGCUGUCAAGGCAUCUGCGUCUAAUAACAGCAAUGUUUCGAAAAUUGUUGCUUCACAAUCCACCUCUUGGGGUGCUGCCAAAUCUACGCAGAGGUGCAAUUUUGCGUCGGUGGCAGCAGCUGGCGCUAUUUCGUCUUCUCAACAACAGCAGCAGUCGUCUGCGUCCAAGGAGUCGAAAAAUCGAGCGAAAUCAUCUGCAUCGACAUCAUCUCCAUCCUCUCAGCAACAGCCAUCAGCUCAAUCAAAUCCGGUUUCUCUACUCUCGGUCACCAUCGCUGCUCUUUCGGAGUGUACCAAGAACGCUUCAAUCUUCUCAACUGCUCCAAUCUCUCUCUUGGAUGAACAGAGUUUUCCACCACUAUCAACCACUUCGGCUUGCAUGGUGACGACCUCCACUACAGUAACGAACAAAGCAGCUGAGACUUCUCAUGCUCCUCCACGUAAAAUGAGCUUACCAACACUGCAGACGGAGGGCAGCCCAUCGCUCUCUGCUCCCACUACUUCGCCACCUCUCGCUGCUCCAGCCUCUAGUACUGGUGCUGCGGCUCCAAGUAGCUGCGGUGGCAUUGGUGGGUUGAUGGACAAGAAGCCUCGUAAACAGUCCGAGUCCACGGCCAUUCCAGGUUCUGGAGAAACCUCUACACUUCAGGCAUCGAAACCACCUGUAUCCCUCCCUCAACCUGCACCUAUUGGCUCUUCUCGUCCAUUUGCACGAGCACCAGGUUCGGAGCGGAGUGCUAAUCGACAUGCUGGACUUAGUUCAGCUUCCAUUUCUGCUACGCCAGGCUUGGCUACCAGUUUGGCUGGAGCUACUUCGGCGAAACGAGUUAAUCCGAUAACAACCAUGGCGUUUGGUGGUGGGGGAGGCACUGGUAGUGACAAUGUUUUCAUUGGACGUCCAAGUAAUACCUCUGGAUCCUUAAACCCAUUGCCUCAACCACUUGUCACCGUAGAGAAUCUGGAGGGGCUCUUUCCCACUUCCCAACAAUCAAUGCUUCACUCGGCCUCCACAUCUAUGAACCAGUUUGAUGUGACUCCCAACGCUAUGUGGUCCAACUUUGGAACUGGGGGUGGGAAUGACACUCCUUUCUCUUCUUCCUAUGACUAUGUGGGUGGUCGUGGAGCUAACCCGGGCAAUGCUUCGAACAACAGUGUUAAUGCGAGUUCCAACUACGCAAGUCUUCUACAGAAUCUGGGGAUUCGUAAUUUUGAGUCAAUCGUGAACGCAGCAAUGAUGGAAGACAAUAUCUUUCCCCCUCAUCUCCAAUCAAGCUAUCGUCUAUCACAGCAGAGUCAGCUUGGACGAGGUGGGGGCGGAAGUGUUGCCUGCAAACCGAGUGGUACUUCUUCAUCCACCACCGCCGCAGACUCAUUCAUGGCUGCAGCUUUUUCUAACGCCUCGAAUCCAAAUCGGGUCGGUGGCGGCAACAGUGUCUUUACGCAACGCGACUAUGCACUCUUUAACGGCGCUAAUUCUACCUCUUCUAUUAGCAACAGUAACAAUAACAAUCCCUCUAAUGCUUUCCUUUCAUCUCGACUUAAUCCGGUGAAUAGUGCACAGCAAAUGGUUCAACAGCCACCCGGCAAUCUUCAGGCAAAAUCACAGCAAACCUUCUUGCAACAGCAGCAUCAUCCGCAACAUCAUCACCAGUCCUUCAAUUUGGGAAUGUCAUCCUCGCAGCUACCUCUGGAUCAGUCACUCUACCUCGGAACAAGUGGAGGUGGACAUGCCACCUAUCCUGGAACUGGUAGCAGCCUACCCUCUGCUAGUGGUGGUGGCUCUUCCAACUACACUUUCUCCUCGGUCGGGAGAGUUUAUCCACCUCUUCCUCAACGACAGCAACAGGAAGCUCAACCGCCUACAUCUCAUCAGCAGCCUACUCCGAUUGGAGCUGAACGACGACGUCCUCAGGGUGUUUCAAACUCCGCUGGCGUUGUGACAACAACCACUGACGUAGCCGGUCAAUCUGUGGGCUCUGCACAGAAUGUCUUUAAUCCGGUUGCAGCUGCAGCGAAUCAAGCGUUUGUAGCACUUCUUCUCCAGCAACAGCAACAGCAACAACACCAGCAACAUCAACAAACCUUGCAAGAGACUGCGGUUGGUGGCGGCUCCACGUGGCCGCAAACUUUGCAGUCGUUGCAGCAUCAGGGCUCAUUUUGGUCACAGGGUUUGUCUGGAGGUCUAGGAGCUUCAAGUACACCAUCGCAGCAGCAGCAGCAGCAGCAGCAUCAGCAAUCCCUGAUGGCCAACACAGCUGCUGCCGUUGCCGCUUUGGCGAACCUUUGUCCUUGGCCCAGCCAACCAAGCGGUCCUGGUGGUGUCCCCUCCAAUGGUUCGAGCAUCAACAACAACAAUGGUAACUCAGGUGCCACAUGGAUGAUGUCUACCCCUUUCCAUCAGGCCUCUCAGGCGACUUUCCAGCCGUCACAGUUGCGUUCUCAACCACCACAAGCGAACGCAGCUGUCGCAUCUUCAAUCCCCACGCCUCUGCAGCCACCAUCAUCCACCUCUGUUGUUGUUGAAGAUCAGCAGGCACCUCCUCCCCCGCCACCAACGCAGCAGAAGCAACAGCAGUAG